AACCUUCGCAUCCUUCGCAUCCUUCGCAUCCUUCGCAUCCUCAUCAUGGAGAUAUUUUUGCUGCUGGCCUUUGGAGUGGCGGUUGCACUUGCCGCUUUCUUCCUGAAACCGUACCUGGAUUGGCGCUACAGUUGCGGCAAACCCUUGGAAUCUCAAAUCUCUAGGACUUCCUUUCAGUGCGCGCCUGGCGAACUGGUGCCAGCACCAUGGAAAGCGCCGGAAGUGGCCCUCUCCGUAGUAGUGCCCGCAUACAACGAGGAGUAUCGACUUCCGCAGAUGUUGGAUGAAGCCUUGGCAUAUUUGGAGAGCCGGGGCAGUGAUGUGGCAUCCUUCACCUAUGAGGUCAUUGUCGUGGACGACGGCAGCAGUGACAAUACCUAUGCAGCCGCCUUAUCCUCCAGGGAUGCUUCCUUGCAACAUGGUGAAGUCCGGAUCAUCAAGCUGCUGACCAACCGUGGAAAAGGAUUUGCCGUGCGCACUGGCAUGCUGGCUGCGAGAGGGCAACUCUUGCUCAUGGCGGACGCUGAUGGUGCCACGAGCAUCCGCGAUUUGGAACGACUUGAAAGAGCCUUAGGCCCCAAGGAUGAUUCUCCACAUAUCGCCUUUGGCUCUAGACAUCAUCUUCGAGAGGAGGCUUUGAACAAAAGGGCGUGGUAUCGAAACGUCUUGAUGGUCGGCUUCCACUUUGCCGUCUGGCUGUUGGUGGGUGGCAACGUGAAAGAUACCCAGUGUGGCUUCAAGCUCUUCAAAGCCAAUGUCGGCAAGCAGAUCUUUGCUUCGCUUCACCUCUACCGAUGGGCCUUCGACAUUGAGGUCCUUAUCCUUGGCAGCAUCUUUGGAAAAGGUGUGGCUGAGGUGCCCGUGACCUGGGUGGAGAUGCCUGGCUCCAAGUUGAAUCUCCUGACGGGUGCGGUGACGAUGCUGCGGGACAUGGCGUUGGUGCAGGUGCUCUAUGCCUUGGGCAUUUGGCAACCUUCGGUUUUGUGAAGCGGUAGCUUCAUGGCCCCAUGGCCAUUCGGCCGGAAGCUUCUGGCGCUAGGGAGAGCUGUGCGGCCGCCAUUGCAAUGUGAU